CUCGCCUCAAUGAACCGCCUACACUCUGACCCAGGAUUGCUCGCUUGCCCAGACUUCAUGUCUGACCCGUAUAGUGUCAGCCGUCUCGGCCUAGUCACACCAACCACCACGGAGAUACAAGCCGCCAACCUACUUCGUGAAGUCUGGGUUACCACUAACGAUGCGCUCCGCGCACAAUGGCAGCAACAGACACUUGACGACGAACGCCUUCAUCUCGAACAGCAGCGUCUAGCGGACGACGAAAACAACUGUAACCAGGAGACUCUUCGCCUCGAGGAGGAAGCAGCCAAAAAUGACGAAAAGAAGAAAAAUCGCUCAAAACAUUUAUUAAUUCCCCUACGUCCCCGCCCUGACUCCGCUGAUGAUGAGAUUAUGGUUUCUGACUUCGCUCUCCGGAAGAUUGAUAAGGGGCAUUACAUCGAGCUCUAUUAUUGGACUAACACUGGGGUCGCCGAUGCCCAUGCCAACUAUCGCACCAGGGACGAUGAGGGCAUGGUCCCCACCACCGGAGACGACAGUUCCACCGUAUGGGUCAGUGCGGGCUUAACCAAACCUUCCUCGAAGGUAGUCCCGGAUCGCAACCUGUCCACGGUGGAAUUCGCUCAAGCCAUCCCGCGCAUACUAAAAACCAUGGAAGAAUAUGAUUGGCCAGCCCAGCACAUCACGAUGCUGGCCAAUUUUUGGGGGUCCAUCAUUUUGCAUCGAUACUGGAACUCUACUGAUGCCAUCGCUCAACGAGCCAUCCUCAUCUAUCAGGAGGAACAACGCCGCGCCUGGCACAACGCCAUCCCUUUGCCCAAGGGCGCCUGGGACAUUUCGCUCCUGGAUGAGACUGCGCUACUGCGUACCUUUGACCGCGUUUUCCGUCAACUGCGUAACCGUGACCUCCUUGACUCUCGUCGCGUAAGUAGCUCGAUCACUCAUUCUUAG